CUGGCACUGUUGUCCAUAGCAGAGGAGUGUGCUUUAAACACUGUUGUCCAUAGCAGAGGAGUGUGCUUUAAACACUGGACGUCAUCUUUAAACACUGGACGUCAUCUUCCCACGCAGCCGGUGACGCUCGAGCGGCUCGUCUUGUAGCGUGGCCUCGUUACAUCGUAACGUGUUUUCUCGUGGCAGGUUUCUUUCCUUCUUUUCCUUUCCGAGCGUUAGCUGCAAUGUCUGAAUAUUUCACUUUGUCAGAGUGCGACGUUAUUGGUUUUGAUUUAGACCAUACGCUUUGCCGGUAUCAUCUGAAGGAGACCUCCAAGCUGAUCUAUGAGAGCUUUGCCAGGUAUCUGGUGGAACAUAAAGGUUAUGAUGAGGACCUCUUGAACCUAACACCUGCUACGUGGGAUUUUUGUUUUAAAGGGUUAGUGGUGGACCUUGAAGAUGGAAACUUAGUGAAGCUCGCUGAGGAUGGAUCUGUAUUGAGAGCGACACAUGGAACUACUGACCUGAGCACAGACGAGAUCAUCAAACAUUAUGGUCCAGAAAGGAAGUGGAAGCACUUUAACAGCCUCAAUACCUCUUUCGCUAAAUCUGCCAAAUACUAUUUAUAUGACAACUACUUUGAUCUACCUGGUGCGCUCCUCUGCGGACGAGUUGUGGACAUGUUGCACAAGUGGGGAAAUGAAGUGAAUUCAGACUUUUGGAAAGACAUGGUUGCUGCCAUCGACCACAAUUACAACACAUCUGCAUUCAGAGAAGAUGCAGGGACUUACUUUCCAAGUGUAAAAAGAGACCCCGGCCGUUACUUACAGACCUGUUCUGACUCGGUCAAGACCUGGCUACGGAGCAUGAAGAAUGCGGGAAAAGUCCUUCUCCUUAUAACCAGCUCCCACAGUGACUACUGCAGGCUCAUCUGUGAACACAUCCUGGGGAAGGACUUUGAGGAUCUUUUCGAUGUCAUCAUCACAAAUUCCCUCAAGCCUGGUUUCUUCUCCUUAAAACCGCAACAGAGGUCUUUCAAGAAUCUAGUGAAUAAUGUGGAAGAGACUGAUGAUCUGCCAUCAUUGGAAAAACCUGGUUGGUACUCGCAAGGCAACUGGAUCCACCUUCAUGAACUGCUUAAGACCAUGACAGGAAAAAUGGAACCCAAGGUUGUCUAUUUUGGAGACAGCAUGAGGUCGGACAUGUUCCCUGCAAGCAGUUUUGGGAAGUGGGAAACGGUGAUGAUUGUGGAGGAAAUGGAGGGGGAGGGUGUUCCCAAGAGUGACGCAGCAAAAUUAAAUGAGGCCCAAGUGGAGCCACUCGAGAAAAAGGGAAAGUAUGAGGAAAGCAUGAAGCCACCCUCUGCUGUGUCCAACCAGUGGGGUUCCUAUUUUGUUGAUGUACAUGGAGGCGCUGGAGAGGACGAGAAGGAGCAGAAACUGACCUGGUGCUGCCACUGUAUUCACAAAUACAGCACAAUGGCCAUCCCCAGUGUGGAGCACAUAGCAAAUCUUCCUCUGGACUACAAGUUUCUCAGGUUUUCGCCUGAUAAGCCAUGCACCGUUGGAUAUUUUCCCAGGCCCCCAGACUCGUUGCUAAAGAUGUGUCCAAAUGUGUGUAUGUAGAAAACAAAUGUUAUGAUUAAAACAACAACUCAUCCCUCGCACCCUCUCAUGAGAGGCAUGUGUCACCACUUCCACUUGUAUUUCCCCACCUAAUCCAAAAUCAUUUGUUUCGCACACUGUUCCUCAAUCAUUGGAAAAACGUGUUGAAUGUAACCUAAGCUAAAGAUUCUAUGUAAUCAGGACAAUAUUGUUUUAUAGUAUAGUUUUCAGUACAUGUGAGAAUACACAACUGUGUGUGUCUGUGUAUGUUGGCCUAUCUGCAAGGAGUAAUUAGUUGUGGAAAAUAUUGUUCUCAUGUGUCAUAUACUGUAUGAUGUGCCUGAUUCUCUUUUUUGGUUCAACAAUCCAAAAUGUCAUGUACAAAAUAAUCCAGAUGUUGUUACCUCAGUGAUGUGUCUGACCUUACACAGAACCUCGUCUAUUGCAGCUGUUUUUGUUACGGACGCAUCUGUGCCAUCACUUGUUAUUGUUGACGUGUUCUUGUAAUACACAGUUUCCUGGAUGAAACAUAGUACCUUCAAGUACCCGGGGUGUGAGGUAUUUUGCUUGUAACAGUUAUGUGGAAAAUGUUCAUCUUAAGGUCAUAAAGUGUCAAAGAGCUUGCACAAUGCUGUUUCAAUAAAAUGCAAUGAAUGUGGAAGAGUCUUCUU